CGUAAUGAUUUCCCUUUUAUAGUCUCUUUACUUCUUGCUUACUACAGGCACCGAGAAAAAAAAAACCCUUUAAUCAUUCAGUCACCAAUUCUCCGUUCUGUUUGUUUUUUUUUUACUCUCUCUUUUUCAGUUUUCGUCUUCGUUCGUCUUCUUCAAGGUCACCGCCAAAACCAUUUUUCAGCUUCUUCACGAGCUUCUUUUUAGGGUUAAAGGAGCAUCUGCAUACAUACAAGCUUGUUUUGGUGAGACUAUUGACAAACUCUGAGAUGGGUUCUGGGAAUUUUUUUAAGGCAAUAGUUGGGUCAAAGAGAGGGAAACAAAAGAGUGGCAAGAGCGAGAAGGGAUUUUCUACUGCUACAAAAUCAAAAGCUUCCAAGAAGAAAAGUACUCAUUCUUCAUCACUAGUCACUCGUAGCGAGGACUGGGCUGCAACUCGAAUUCAGGCUGCUUUCAAAGCCUAUAAGGCUAGAAAAAUCUUAAGGCGUCUACAAGGAAUUGCAAGAGCAAGGUUGUUAACUGAAAAACAUUCAGUGAAGAAGCAAGCGGUGGUAACGUUAAGGUAUCUUCACUCAUGGAGUAACAUACAGUCGCAGAUAAAGGCUCGCCGAGUUUGCAUGGUCACGGAAAGUCGACUGUUGCAUAAACGAUUAGAGAAUCAACAGAAGCUUGAGGCAAAGCUUCACGAUAUUGAGGUCGAAUGGAAUGGUGGGUCAGAGACAAAAGAGGAAAUAUUGGAGAGGAUACAUCAAAGGGAAGAAGCGACGAUCAAGCGGGAAAGAGCCUUGGCAUAUGCUUUCUCUCAUCAGUGGAAAGCCGAUGGUAAGACUCAGUGGCUAGGGGGUUAUGAGCUGGGCAACACUAAUUGGGGUUGGAGCUGGAAAGAGCGUUGGAUUGCUGCUAGGCCUUGGGAAGUAAGAUAUUCAGUGACUCCUAAGAAACCAAAGAGCUCAAAGACAGUUUGUUGCAAGGGUGAGACUAAAUCAAAUUCACCGGGAAAGAGAGUAGUGUCAUCAUUAUCAGCCAAAGCUCCGUUCCCUGGAGCUAGAAACGCAGUGAAGCCACGGAGAUUGUCAUUUCCCGGCGCCUGAAGUGUGAAGUUAAAAACUUGGUCUGCGUAUACAAAGAGUAUACACGUACAUGAUCCCUAUAAAAAAGAAUGUCAUUUGUAAGAUUUGAAAGGUUUUAUUUAUUUGGUCAAGUGGUCUGUUGUGAUGUAAAUACAUGCAUUUGUUAUGUAGGCGAUGAUGGUGAUUCUUCUUGGUUUGUUUAAUACAUACAUGCAUUUGUUCGUCUCUCACAGUAAAUCC